AUGUGUUCUUGCAUCUCUUUCAUCUUUCUUUUCCUUUUCUCCUUCCUCACUAACUUCACAGUUUCUGCUCAAAACCCUAAUUUCAUAUACCAUGCUUGUCCAAAUACAACUACUUAUUCAAGGAACAGCACUUACUUCACCAAUCUCAGAACCCUUUUGUCCUCUCUUUCUUCCCAUAACGCCUCUUACUCAACCGGAUUCCAAAACGCCACAGCUGGUCAAGCCCCCGACAAGGUCACGGGGCUUUUCCUCUGUCGAGGAGACGUCUCCCCUGAAGUUUGCCGUAGCUGCGUGGCCUUUUCCGUCAAUGAGACCUUAAAUCGGUGUCCGAACGAGAGCGAAGCCGUGCUCUAUUACGAUGAGUGUAUGCUCAGAUACUCUCACCGAAAUAUACUGUCGACCGUUACACUCAAGGGAGGAGCGAUCAUGUUGAACAGCAAUAAUAUUUCAUCAAACCAAGUAGACCGGUUCAAAGAUUUGGUGUCGUCCACGAUGAACCAAGCUGCAGUCGAAGCAGCGAGUAGUCCUAGAAAGUUCUAUACCAGAAAGGCCAACUGGACGGCAAUCCAGACUUUGUAUGGCCUGGUUCAAUGCACUCCUGAUCUUACAAGUGUAGAUUGCUUGAGCUGUCUGCAACAAUCCAUCAAUGGAAUUCCUCUUUACAGAAGUGGAGGAAGACUUCUUUGGCCAAGCUGUAAUUCAAGGUACGAACUUUACGCGUUCUACAACGAAACCGCCAUUAGAACAUCAUCACCACCCCCACGGCUUCCGCCUGCGUCUACUCCUCCGGUAUCAUCUCCUCCACAACAUGGGAAAGGUGGGAAAUCAGGUGUUUUAUUGGUAGCCAUCGUUGUGCCUAUUACAGUGGCUGUUCUGCUUUUCAUAGCUGGUUAUUGUUUCCUUGCAAAGAGAGCUAAGAAGACUUAUGAUACAGCACCUGCCUUUGAUGGAGAUGAUAUGACAACCAUAGAGUCGCUGCAACUUGAUUAUAAAAUAGUUCAAGCUGCAACAAAUGAUUAUUCAGAAAAUAAUAAGAUUGGUCGAGGUGGAUUUGGUGAGGUUUAUAAGGGUACAUUUUCGAAUGGGACUGAAGUUGCGGUGAAGAGACUGUCAAAAUCAUCAAGACAAGGUGACACAGAGUUCAAGAACGAGGUUGUUGUUGUUGCAAAGCUUCAACAUCGAAAUCUGGUUAAGCUUCUCGGAUUUUCUUUAGAACGAGAAGAAAGGAUAUUGGUCUAUGAGUAUGUGCCAAACAAAAGUCUUGAUUACUUCCUCUUUGAUCCUGCAAAGCAAGGUCAGCUAGACUGGACUAGACGAUACAAGAUCAUUGGAGGGAUUGCUCGGGGGAUUCUAUAUCUUCAUCAAGACUCACGGCUCACGAUCAUACACCGUGAUCUCAAAGCGAGUAACAUUCUCUUGGAUGCAGAUAUGAAUCCAAAAAUUGCUGAUUUUGGAAUGGCAAGGAUCUUUGGAAUGGACCAAACCCAGGAGAACACAAGCAGAAUAGUUGGCACGUACGGAUACAUGUCUCCCGAAUAUGCGAUGCGUGGCCAGUUCUCAAUGAAAUCUGAUGUCUAUAGCUUCGGAGUGCUAGUUCUUGAGAUUAUAAGCGGUAAGAAGAAUAGCAGCUUCUACGAGACAGACGGUACACAUGACCUUGUCACAUAUGCUUGGAAGCUUUGGAGUAAAGAAACAGCACUAGACCUUGUGGAUCCAACUAUUGUAGAUAAUUGCCAGAAGAGUGAAGUGGUUCGAUGCAUCCAUAUCGGUCUUUUAUGUGUGCAAGAAGAUCCCGCGGAGCGUCCGACCUUUUCAACCAUUUUUGUGAUGCUCACUAGUAAUACUGUGACUUUACCGGUGCCUCGACAACCAGGGUUUUUCGUUCAGAGUAGACCUGAAAAAGAUCCGCUUGAUUCAGAUCAGUCUACGACAACCAAGUCUAUUCCAACCUCUGUUAACGAUGUAUCGAUCACUGAUUUAUAUCCUCGUUGA